AUGACAAUAUUGUUAUAUAAUAAUAAUAAUAAUAAAAUCAAAGACAAUGAGAAACAUAAGACAACAGAUGACAAUCAUAACGACAAUUAUAAUACGGAAACUGUGGACACAUCGGCCGUUAGUGUAAUGAAUGAACCGAUCAAAAGUGAUAGAAACAGAUCCAACAAUAAGUCGAUGGUAUUAUCGUUAGCCAAACAAAAUGAUAGUCAAAAAACAACAAAAUGUGAUAAUAAUAAUAAUAAUAAUCACCAAAGAUUUUAUAGCUGUAAUUACUCGGGUUGUGACAAACAAUUCAGAUUGAAUUGUCAUCUCAAGACACACAUACAGAUCAAACACAAUACGGCGGAGCGACCGUUCAAAUGUGAUAUCGACGGCUGCGGCCAACGUUUCUAUCGAAAAGAUAAAAUCAAAAGACAUAUCCGUUUAAAUAUUCACAACAAUGACCGGCCCAUCGGCUGUAAGACGAAAAAGCGAAUAAUCAAAUGUCAUUAUAUGGAUUGYGACAAAUGUUUUGAUUAUAAUCAUCAACUGGUAGUUCAUGUCCGGAUGAAACACACCAAAGACAGACCAUUCAAGUGUGACAAAUGUGACAAAUCGUUUCCGUUUGUGAAAAAUCUGAAGAUUCACCAGAAGUUUUUGCAUCCGACUGUCAAAACUGUGUAUAAAUGUCGUUACGAUGGUUGCGAUAAAGUCUAUCAGUUUGAGAACGCUCUGAAACAGCAUCACCAGAGACAUGAAAAUCCAUUGGACUUCAGAUUUAAAUGCGAUUACGACGGUUGUGGCAAAAGUUUUUACGAAAAUGGUUCACUAAAAUCGCAUAAGAUUUCUAUGCAUAGCGAUGAACGGCCGUUCCCCUGUCUGUGGCCCGGAUGUGACAAACGAUUUAAAUUUAGUCGCGAAUUGAAUAGACAUUUGAAUAGACAUUCGGGUGUCCGACAGUAUCGGUGCUCAGUUGAUGGUUGCGAUAAGUCGUACACUACGGACAAAGGUUUGGAUCAACACAAGAGAACAACACAUAGUAAGCCAUACCAGUGCUCGUGGCCGGGAUGUGAGGUCAGAUACGGGGCUAAGGAUAAACUCCGGGACCAUAUGAAUGGACAUCAGGGUAUCAAACCAUUCAGUUGUCAUUUUCAGGGAUGCGAUGUCAGCUAUAGUAGCCGCGCAUUGCUAAGAGCCCAUUGGCGACAAACACAUAAAUAUAUUAAAACUUACCAUGAUAAAACAUAG